AGUGGUUGGAGCCGACGAGGAAGCAAACGUACAGUCGAUGUGUUUAUGCUUUUCUGUGUCCUAGGACUAUCCGAGCCUAAAACAGUUGACUCAGACGAAGACACCAAUUUUGAAGAAUACCCGCUAUUUCCAUCCGAUGCCGAAGCGACAGAUGCUGCACUUGUUAUGCUGAAGAAAAAAAUGAAUGGAAAAUAUACGUUGUUUAAGGAACCUCUUUCUCUAAACUCGUGCAUUGUAUGUAAAGAUUCAGAUCAUAAAGAUUGUUUUGAGAUCAUCAACAUGGCCCGUGAGACGUAYGUUUUUAAAGCAGGGAGUAUCAAGGAAAGUAAAAAAUGGCUGAAGCACCUAAGGCUACAAGCUAAGGACCUGGGGGCUUGGAAGAAACGAAGAAAUGGUUUACCAAAUAUCAUGAUUAAAACUAUUUAAAAUUGUAUUUAUAUAUAGAAAGACUAUGAUCCAUA